AGACACUUUGUUCGAGUUGAGUUGUAAAAACUUUUAUCACAUCUAAUGAUCUAAAUAUAAUAUAAAUAUGACUAUAAUUACACUCCUCCACUAAAACCCUCCUCUUGCAUCAGAGCAAAAGCUAAAACAAUAAUAAUGGGGCAAAACGGAGAAGCGCAGCCACUCUCACCCAAGAAGCAAGUUCAUCUCUUUUAUUGCGUCGAAUGCGAAGACCUUGCCCGCAAAGUCGCCGCUCACUCUGACAAUAUUACCCUUCAGUCCAUCAACUGGAGGAACUUUGCUGAUGGAUGGCCAAACCUUUAUAUAAAUAGCGCACAUGAUAUCCGAGGUCAACAUGUCGCCUUUCUUGCCUCUUUCAGCUCCCCAGGAGUUGUCUUCGAACAGAUAUCUGUCAUAUAUGCACUCCCGCGGCUGUUUGUUGCUUCCUUUACAUUGGUGUUGCCUUUCUUUCCAACUGGCUCCUUCGAGCGAAUGGAGGAAGAAGGAGAUGUGGCAACUGCAUUUACCAUGGCUAGGAUAUUGUCAAAUAUUCCCAUUUCAAGGGGUGGCCCUACUAGUUUAGUAAUAUAUGAUAUACAUGCUUUGCAGGAAAGGUUUUAUUUCGGGGACCAUGUCUUGCCACUGUUUGAGACAGGGAUCCCUCUGCUAAAGCAGCGUCUUGACCAGCUCCCUGAUGCUGACAAGAUUGUUGUUGCAUUUCCGGAUGAUGGAGCUUGGAAACGAUUCCACAAGCAGCUGGAUCAUUUCCCCAUGGUGGUUUGUGCAAAGGUUCGUGAAGGUGAUAAGAGGAUAGUUCGGAUCAAGGAAGGGAAUCCUGCUGGUUUUCAUGUGGUCAUUGUGGAUGAUUUGGUGCAAUCUGGAGGAACACUUAUUGAGUGCCAGAAAGUAUUGGCGGCUCAUGGUGCAGCAAAGGUGAGCGCUUAUGUCACACAUGGUGUGUUUCCGAAGGGCUCUUGGGAGCGUUUUACUCUCAAGAAUUAUGAAAAUCCAGAGAGUGCAUUUUCCUACUUUUGGAUCACAGAUUCCUGCCCAAAUACUGUCAAAGCCAUAGCUAACAAGGCUCCUUUCGAAGUUCUGAGUCUUGCUGGAUCAAUUGCUGAUGCUCUACAAAUUUGAAGAUAUGCUUUAUGGCAUGGAAUCAACUUUUGAGAUUCUUGGGUUCAGGUCUGGUGAUAGUAUGUAUAUUUUUGGGGGAUGAUUGUAAUUUUAUGAGUCAUUUUCAUGCUUCAUAUCAGAAGACAUGAGUUAAAUAACAAUUAACUACUGCUUGAAGGUUAUCUAUCUAAUUAUUACUUAAAAGAGAUAAAACUCUGAUAA